AUGUCUUUAAAUGGUGCCUCCUCUGGCAUCAAAAGAAGCGGUUCACCUUCACAAGGUUCUAAUUUACAGCAACGAGCUUCCAAAGUCCGCGACGCCCAAGGAUUCAGAUUACGUCAACAGGAAAGAGAUAAAUCCGAGAAAACUGCAUUUGACCAAAUGGGAGGAGCCAACAAUACUGACAACACUUUAGUAGAAGGCAAGACGAUUGCCGAAGAAGAAGCAGAAGGAGCAAAAUAUGUCAUAGAUGGGAAGUUGAGGAGAGUCACGCCUUAUUAUUUCACAUAUUUAACCUAUUGCAAGCUUCGUUGGAGAGAUCGAACGUUGUUGGAUAUAUUCACCGAUGAGUUUAGGGAUAGAACACCAGAGGCAUACAAAAAGGCAAUUGAAGGUGGUAUGGUUAGUAUAAAUUCGAAAACUGCCAACUUGGAGACUGUUGUUCGAAAUGGUGAUCUUAUUAGUCAUAGAGGUUUCAGACGCGAACCUCCAGUUAACGCAGCGCCUGUGAAAAUAGUUUAUGAGAAUGAUGAAUUGCUUGUUAUAGAUAAACCUUCCGGUAUCCCAGUUCAUCCCACUGGCCGAUUCCGGUACAACACCAUAACGAAAAUUCUACAACAUGAUAUGGGCAAGACAGUGCAUCCUUGUAACAGGUUGGAUAGAUUGACAUCUGGGUUGAUGUUUUUGGGGAAAACUGCCCAAGGAUCAAAUGACUUUAUGAAGCAGAUUAGGGAUAGAAACGUGUCGAAGGAGUAUAUUGCUAGGGUAAAGGGAGAGUUUUCCACCCAUAACCUUACUAUAGACAAGCCAUUGUAUACCUUGAGUCCUAAACACACGUUGAACGUGGUUGACGAGGAAAAAGGGAAAGAAGCUGUAACAGAGUUCAAACGUGUAUCUUACGAUCCAACCACUGACACCAGUGUGGUAAAGUGCCAUCCUUUGACUGGAAGAACGCACCAGAUUAGGGUCCAUUUACAAUAUAUAGGUCACCCAAUAGCCAAUGACCCAAUAUACUCCAACACUUACGUUUGGGGAGAUGAGCUCGGAAAAGACGGAAAGGCAAAUUAUGAUGAAGUGAUUUCUAGAUUGGAUACUAUUGGGAAAACUAGGGCAGCGUCAAGUUGGAUACAUCCUGAGGAAGAUGGUGAAAUUCUUUCCAAUGAAAUAUGUCCACACACUGGCUUGCCAUUAUACACGGAUCCCGGUUUCAAUGAUCUUGAGCUAUGGUUACAUGCGUAUUCGUAUAAAGCCGACGACGGAUCAUGGGCUUAUAAAACGGAAUACCCAGAAUGGGCUCUUGAAAACAGCAGAAAGUUCAUGGUUCAAGCAUUGAAAGAAGCUAAUAAGUGUGGGGAAACGCAAACACAAUUUAAUGUUGGAUGUGUCAUUGUCCAUAAUGGAGAGGUUAUAUCAACUGGUCAUUCUAGAGAGCUUGAGGGUAAUACCCAUGCUGAACAAUGUGCAUUGGAAAAGUAUUUCGAAAAGACUGGAAAGAGAAAGGUGCCACAGGGAACAGAACUAUUUACAACUAUGGAGCCUUGCUCAUUUCGUUUGAGCGGUAACCUUCCAUGUGUACAGCGAAUCUUGCAGACGCCCGGAAUCAAAACCUGCUUUGUUGGAGUAGUUGAGCCUGACAUUUUUGUAAAGAACAAUACAUCAUACAAGAUACUCGCUGACUCUGGUAUAGCGUACGUGCACAUUCCAGGUUACGAAGACGAAUGUUUGAAAAUUGCAAAAAAAGGGCAUGACAAAAUUGAUACAUAG